UAACGAGCUUCUGCCGACGACAACACAAUAAUAUAAUAAACAUUUUAAGUGAACUCACGUUGGGUGGUUUUUUUAAUUUAUAUACAAUUACCGUUUGCCAAAUCUGAAUGUGUGCAGUCUCGUAGUGAUCUGUCGUGUGUUCAGAAAUUUCCUGUCGACCGUAUUGAAGGCGUGAAAAAAAAAAAAAAUGCCGUUACGUUUAGACAUUAAACGCAACCUGACAGCUCGGUCAGACCGUGUCAAAUGUGUCGACCUCCAUCCGAAAGAACCGUGGAUGUUGGCGUCUCUGUACAACGGCAACGUGCACAUAUGGAACCACGAAACCGCUACUUUGAUAAAAUCCUACGAGGUUUGUGAAUUGCCUGUUAGAGCAGCUCGUUUUGUUGCUCGCAAAAAUUGGAUUGUUACCGGUUCAGAUGACAUGCAAUUGCGUGUCAUCAACUACAAUACUUUAGAACGUGUUCAUCAACUCGAUGCUCAUUCGGAUUAUUUGAGAAGCAUCGCGGUACAUCCGUCGCAACCGUUCAUACUUACUAGCAGUGACGACAUGUUGAUCAAACUAUGGAACUGGGAAAAACAGUGGGCUUGUCAGCAAGUGUUUGAGGGACACACACAUUACGUUAUGCAGAUCAUGAUUAAUCCGAAAGACAAUAACACUUUUGCUAGUGCGUCAUUGGAUCGUACAAUUAAAGUAUGGCAACUCGGCUCGUCGACUCCAAAUUUCACGUUGGACGGGCACGAAAAAGGAGUUAACUGUGUAGACUAUUAUCAUGCCGGAGACAAACCUUACUUAAUAUCUGGUGCCGACGACAGGCUAGUCAAAAUAUGGGAUUACCAAAACAAAACAUGCGUACAAACAUUAGAAGGACACGCUCAAAAUAUAUCUGCCGUAUGCUUUCACCCGGAACUUCCUAUUGUGUUGACUGGUUCUGAAGAUGGCACUGUUCGUAUUUGGCACUCGGGCACGUACCGAUUAGAGUCGUCUUUGAAUUACGGUUUAGAACGUGUUUGGACAAUUUGCUGCUUACGCGGUUCAAAUAAUGUGGCGUUAGGGUACGACGAGGGCAGUAUAAUGGUGAAAGUAGGUCGAGAAGAACCUGCCAUGUCGAUGGAUGUUCAUGGCGGUAAAAUUGUUUGGGCCCGACACAGUGAAAUCCAACAAGCCAACCUCAAGGCAAUGAUGCAAACAGAAGGAACGGAAAUCAAGGACGGCGAACGUUUGCCCAUUCAAGUGAAAGACAUGGGAAGUUGCGAGAUCUACCCGCAGUCUAUAUCUCAUAAUCCGAAUGGUCGAUUUUUGGUGGUGUGCGGCGACGGAGAGUACAUCAUAUACACGUCCAUGGCCUUGCGUAACAAAGCUUUUGGGUCAGCUCAAGACUUUGUAUGGUCUUCGGAUUCUGAAUAUGCGAUUAGAGAAAAUUCGUCGACAAUCAAAGUGUUUAAAAACUUUAAAGAAAGGAAAUCAUUUAAGCCCGAAGGCGGAGCUGACGGCAUAUUUGGUGGUUAUUUGCUUGGCGUGAAAUCUGUUACUGGCCUGGCAUUGUACGAUUGGGAAAACGGCAACUUAGUGAGGCGAAUUGAAACACAGCCGAAACACGUUUUCUGGUCGGAGUCUGGUGAACUAGUUUGCCUGGCCACUGAUGAAGCAUAUUUCAUUCUCCGUUUUGAUGUGAACGUACUUAGUACCGCCAGGGCGUCCAAUUUCGAGAGUGCUAGUCCUGAUGGUCUGGAAGACGCUUUUGAAGUAUUGGGAGAAGUACAAGAAGUCGUUAAGACUGGUUUGUGGGUCGGAGAUUGUUUCAUUUACACAAACGGAGUGAACCGAAUCAAUUAUUACGUGGGCGGCGAAAUUGUCACUGUAUCUCAUCUCGAUCGUACAAUGUAUCUCUUGGGAUACGUAGCCAAAGAAAAUCGUCUUUAUUUAGGCGACAAAGAACUCAACAUCGUUUCUUAUAGCCUACUAGUGUCCGUGCUGGAAUACCAAACGGCGGUCAUGCGAAAAGACUUUGAAAUAGCCGAUCGUAUUCUACCAUCGGUGCCGUCUCAAUACAAGACAAGAGUGGCCCAUUUCUUAGAAAAACAAGGUUACAAAAAGCAAGCGUUAGUCGUAUCAACUGAUGUUGAACACAAAUUUGAACUAGCUAUUCAACUACAAGACUUGGCCAAAGCUUAUGCAUUAGCGAAAGAAGCUUCGAGUCCUCAAAAAUGGAGACAACUAUCUGAAUUGGCUACGGCGCAAUCCGACUUGGAGUUAGCACAAGAAUGUUUACAUCAAGCCCAAGACUACGGCGGCCUACUUUUGUUGGCCACUUCUUCUGGCAACAGCGAAAUGGUGACAAAAUUGGCCGAGAGCACAAGUGCAAACGGCAAAAACAAUAUAUCGUUCUUAUCGUACCUACUUUUGGGUGACCUAGAUAAAUGCCUACAGCUAUUAAUCGACACCAAUCGACUUCCCGAAGCGGCAUUCUUUGCUCGAUCGUAUAUGCCCAGCAAAAUGUCUCACGUGGUCGGUUUGUGGAAAGAAUCGCUCAGCAAAACCAACGUCAAAGCCAGCGAGUCUUUAGCCAAUCCCGACGAGUAUGAAAACUUGUUUCCUAAUUACGAAGAAUCACUAAAAACUGAAGCGUAUUUACAAGCCGAAAGGAGAAAACAGUUACCGGCAAAAGCGUACGCUACUACUCCGUUAAAUCACGAAAGAAACUGUCUGGAGGAAAUGAAAACUUCCGGCACGGAACAAUCGUUGUUUAACAUAGACGACCAUACAAGUGAAAUAAAAGCCGAAGUUUUCAGUGCACCUCCCGUUGAAAAAAAACACGAAGACCUGAUCUUGCCCACGCCGCUAAUCCCCUCCAAAGUAGAUGAUGAUUUUGAAGACGUCGAUAAAGAACUCGAAGCAGAAUUGGAAAACAUGAAUUUAGACGAUAUCGAGUCGACGGGCGUGAAUCUUGAUGCAGAGCUUUCCGAUGAAGACGAUGAUGAUUUUGAGUAAAUAUGGUAUUAAACCAUUAUGGUUAUUAAACAUAAAAGAAACCUAUCUAGUGAUAUCAUUGUUUUGGAUUAUCAAAUUUAAUAGCAUAUAUUUAUAAAUAUAAAUAUUUAUUUUUUAUUAUAUUUGUUUUAUAUUUAGUGUA